CUUAUUCCAGAUUUCAAUCUCACUUCCGGUGCAUUCCGCAAGGGAUCACGGGACUAAGCUUUCAGUUUUGUAGGAAGUAGCGGGGAUUACAGUCGCUGAGGAGAAAAUCUUGCCUAUAUUUCCAUCACACCACUCUAUGAUAGUCUUUGGCUUCUGGAACGUGUUAUAAUUCAGUUCUCUCGACCUCCUUCCCGUGGCAUGUGACGUUUUGAGCGCGCGCAAAUCUUUUCACUGUGAACGACUUGUGGUGAAGGUAUGCGGUAAAGUAAAUAACUUAAUGUGCCGUGUGUUCUUUCAGGGUGGUAUAUUUUUACCCUUUAAUCUUUGAAUAAGCCCCGUCUUUGGAAGCCAUAUGCUAGAAGAUACUUGAUCAACUACAGAUGCGCAGAAAAUCAAAUUUGGCUUCUGCUUGCUCGCUUCUACUUUUGAUCUCACUUCCAGCUGUUAUCCCCUUGUGUCGACUUUUUGUCUUUCAUGAAGUUUUUUAAAGUAAAUAAUAUAGACCACAUUCUUGUCACAAGAUGCUGGUGUUAAAAACAAAACCAAAGUACUUGCAGCAUUGUUAAACAAAUUUUUGUUCGUAAAAUGCUUAGCGCGUUCAAAAACAAGUUGACAUAAAAUCAAUUUGUUCUUUUGCCAAUAUUGACGUUUACCCUGAAGGCUUAAAAUGCCUAGAUUGAAGUGCUUCAGUUGGUUUCUGUUUCUGACUGAAGUUGUCCUGAAACUGAGAGUUUUUGUUAUUGUUUUUUUCCGUUCUCUUCUCAGGAUUAUCUCGGGCGAGGAAGGUUGUCUCUGAAACUAUUUUGGGUUUAAUUUUCAUGCUUUUAUUUGCACGAACAAGAAUCAUGUUUGCGUGUCUUGCGUUGAAAAAAUGUUAAAUUGUAACUUGCUAAUUGUGACCGCGAAUAUUUCAUUUUUCUGUGAGAGUCAUGAUAAGUGCCACAAAAUUUGUCUUAUUCACUGCAUAUUUAUAUUUGUUCACGGCUUUAUCUGACCUUAAACUGAUCUAAUCGAGGGUUUAAAGGGAUUGGAGAAUGAAGCUGACUCUUUCAACAUAAGCAAUCUUCCCAGAGCCCACAACGAGCAAAUAGCACGCUGUGGAAAUUUUAAUUUUGUAUUCAAGAACACAAUAUUAUUCGGAAAAUAUUUACUCUGAGAAUUUGCGUGUGAAGAAGUCGACAAUUUUUACAGCUUCAAUGUGAGCGCACGAAAAUGAAAGUUUCUCAUGCGAAAAGAGGUCAACAAAGGUGGAAUACGAUUUGUUGGUGAUCAUAUCAUUUUGGCGAGGACUUAACGAUGGUAGUUAUAUUGUUUUGGUUUCUUUUGGGUUCUCGCCCACCAUUUCAUGGAGAACGAGGUUAUUUAUAGCAGUGGUGUUACCUCGUUCACCUCCUUAAAAGGGAAAUUCUGUAUGUUUAUGAUUAUUCAUGAAUUUUCAGCUGACGUUAUUUAUGCUUUCAAACGUAUUGGAUGACUCUAAUUACCCUGGUACACAAAUUAACAAACCAAGUCUAUCUCUCUCGUCAGAUCUUCACAUCUGUCUUUCCCAGACAUAGCAGAAAUUUUAAGGAAACAUACAAGUCACUACGUGUUUUUAUCAGUAUUCUGAUAUAAGCUUUAGUCACUUAGUACUCUGACAUCAUGAAAUCAAGGAUAAAGAAUAUUUUAUUAAAGAAAAGUUACUGUUUGCUUUUAAUUACUUUUUUUUAAUUUUAACAUCUUACAUCACCUCAGAAAUUGAAAUCAAAUGUCAGAAUAAUAUACUACCAGCACAUUGAUAAAGAAUGUUCAAGGGAAUGUUGAAUCAUAGAAUUUACUUUUAGGUGGUUCAUAGUGAAUGCAUAUUGUAGUGUAAGAUUCUUGGGCUCAAAAAUUAUAUGAAUGGGAGAAAUGUUGGCCUGGAUUCCAGAUUCCACUUGUCUAGAUCAGAUUACAGAAAUAAUUGUUAUUCUCUUGCGAAAACUAGAAUUGUCCUGACAAAAUCAAAGGACAAAUUUUGCCAUGACAAAUUUUUGUUUCCUCUGUUGCAUCCGCAUUGAAAAUUUCAAAGCUGUAAAAUUCUGUCAAUACCUGAUCUGUUUAUAAGACUGGCUAGCAUAGUUUGCCAAAGGAUUCCGUCUCUAAUUUCCAACAGUUUAUCCUAGGUCAUUUUAAAAUUUCAGAAUCCCUGAGUCGUGCAACUUGAGGCAAUUUAAACCUUUCUAGUAGACAGAUUUCAGUUCAAUUACAUGCUGGUUGUAGCUUUUACUACAAAUGAUCAACAAGUUUAUCAUGGUUUUGUUUGUUUAGUCAAUUUUGUCCAGUUUUCACCUGGGACAAAUUAUGUUGCUGGUGCGUUGAGGACUUGUCUGCUCUGGCCAAAAUCUGUCAAGUUGUAACAAACCAUCUGCACUUGUGAAAUGUUCAUGAGGACAGAGAAUUUGUCUAAGUAAACAACCUUUUGGCUAGAGUGGAAAGGCCUUUUGUCAUUCAUUCCAUGAUAACAGAAACACAAUUUAGGCUUGAUUUCUGUCAUUCUUUAGAGCCCAGUUACAAUGUAUCUCUCCUCCCAGAGAGGACUGGAUAGGAUAGCAGCCCGCCAUGUCUGAUUUAACCAUCUCCAGACAUUAUUGUUUCAAAUAAUGUGAUUCAUAUAUUUCAUUGGCUUUUGAUAUAUUAAACUAUUUUGAUUUUGAUGUUUCUUUGUUUUGUAUCUUGACUGUCAUUGUCUUGAAAAUAUAUAAGGUUUGGGAAAGUAUGAAGAAAGCAAAUAUUGAACUACAAAGAAUACUAGACUUGGAAUAUUUUUUAAUGAAGAAAAAUGUUUAAAAAUAUGCACAUACUCGAGUGUGGGCAAAAGUAAGGUUAUAAUAAGUGAGAAUUUUACCAAAUGUGAUUGUGUCGAUUUGAAGAUGUCAACAUUCAUGCAAUCAUGAUAAGUGUUGAUACUUGGUUUUCAGAAAAAAAUGUGUUGUUAAGACUUGAUUAGUAAGACAGUAAUUAAUUGAUAAGCAAAACAGCAACAUACUUACAAGGAAUCUUUCAAAACUUGAAAACAACUUUAUUACCAAAUGUUACUUUCUUUUGCAUAUUAUUUGGUUCAGUUGUGUUUGAGGAAGUGAACAACAGGAAAACUGUUGUCUUUGAGGCAGGAAAUUAUGCAUGUAGGGUAUUUGGUGAGGAAUGUGAUCUUUUUUGGCUGUUAUUCAAAGCAUCAGUCGCAAUUUUUUUUGUUUAUUUAGUAGUUAUGUAAGACUGCUUUGUGACUAAUUCUUGUCCACUGUGUCAAUUUUAUUUUCUCUGUAAACAGUGUUUAUGUGGAUUAAGGUGGAUUUGAAUACCAUGUAACACACAAAGUAUUUGUGUUCAGUUGAAUUUUUGUUUUUGUUUUUCUACUUGCAGAAUGGUGUGAUUAUUAUAAGGCAAAGAUGAAUAUUUCUUUGUGGAGUGUGUUACUUUUGGCAAGUGUCUUUUUUCUGUCUGGAGGAUGUCAUGAAGGUAAGUUCUGUUUUGGAUCAUCUCAGACAACUAAUUGAAUUGUAUUCCCAGUCCUAAUUGUAUGUAUUCACUUAAAUGCAGCUUUCAUGAUAUUAAAAGAUGAAUAGCACAUCAAUUAGACCUGUUUUCCUCUGCAAAGUGCGAUACAUGUGUGGUUUGACUAAUUAAAAACAGAUACAGAUGUUUAUGUAUGGCUCAUGAAAGGGAAACAUGUGAGCAACAAGUAAACUUGACAUUGUUCAUGCAACACAUAACUUCAUUUACUGCUGGCUAUUUUAAUUAGGAGGAAGGACCAGGAAGGAACCUCCACCCUCCCCACUGAAUUUAAUGAAUCAAAAGUGCCUAUGAAUUAAAACAUUUUCGGCCAAUUCUUGGCCAAGGAAAAAAAACAACAACAACAACAAAAAAGAACAAAGAAACACAUGGCCAAUGCUACACUGAAUCAUAAUUUUAAGAGAACAUUUUUGUUUUGGGGUCUAAAAUAAUCCCUAAGAAGUCCUGAGAACUGGUACCCAUGAGCAGCCCUUAUGACAUUACAACCCAUUCAAAUCCAUUUGCCUAUUAUACUGAGCACGAGUCAAGUAUGGGUUGAUAUUACUUAGGUUUAUUGUUAUGCAAAUGUGUACAAACAGGCUUAACUGUUUCACUCCCAAGAUCUCAUUUUCCUUAAAGUCUGCAAUAACAAUUGUUAUGAUGUUGAUUAGGAGAAUUUGGAUCAACUGAUGAUCCCCUACUUUAUAUUUUUCUUUAUUCUAUACCUUUUCUGCUUGAUAAUGCAUUGAUAUUGUAAGGAGAACUUCUGUCUUGGUCACUCAUGGGAGGUAGAAGGUUAACAGUCUUUACAAAAUGAUGUUCUUAAUAAUGCAAUAUGGUUGCAAUGGUUGGCUCUUAUCUUUUGUUUGGCUUUAAUCCUUUAACUCCAAAGAUCUGAUUGUUAUUACUUCCCUCUAGCUGCUAUACAUUUCCUUGUAAAUUCAGUUACAAGAAUUUGGUGUUAGAUCAAUUAAACAACUGCUGACUGAUAUGUCUGAGUAUUCUCAUUACCUGUUUGCUGCAUGAUGUAUGGAUAUUAUAGAGAGAAGUUGCACUUUAAUCACUUCUGGGAGUGAAAAGGUUUACACAAUUAAGCUCAUAUUUUGUCACUAGGCUGCUCCAUGACAGCUUGAUAGCAAUACCAGAAAACUUAUUUUCUGCUAGUGAUAGAUUUGAUUCUCAGGUGCAAACCAUUAUUUCAUUAUCAAAGCAUUUGAAGUGAUGAUCCUCAUCUCUUUUUACAGGCCUUAGGAAUGAAAGCACAUCUUACAUUUGUAUUGUGCAAGGGUUCAUUAAGCUAUUGCCUCAAACCUGCAAACAUGAAUCUCUCUUCUAUUAUAAUUAUAAAUAGUUAUAUGAAUGAAUACAUUUCUUCAAAAUGAUUGGCCAAGAGUACUGCACAUUUUUGGAAUGAGAAAACUUUAAAAAUAGUAAAAGAAAAGGCAAAUUUCAUUCAAUAGGUACUUCAAAAACAAAAUCUGAGUCCUAUAUAGUUGAGUUUUGUAGGUACAAACCUUUUUUGAGAGUAUCUCACCUUGGUAAGGAUACUUUGACAAAUAUAGUCAAGGACACAUGCACUGUAUCAGUUUUAAAUCAACAAGCCAUUUUUGUGGCUACUGCCUCAUGUAGAGGCAAAGUCACUCAUGUCAUCAAAGUUAGUGAGAUAUUAAGAAUUUUUUGCUGUGUCAUGGCAAAAACUGAAAAAGAUUUUAUCUUUGGAUUUACAUAAUUUGUUCAUGUAAAGGGUAAAAUAUUCUCCCUUCAUUGAAAAUUUUUUUUUUAAGUUUCAUGAUAUUUUUGCAAUGAAAACUAUUGUUUUGUAUUGCACGCAAUCCUGAAAUGAUUGUAGGACAUUUAUCAUCUUCUGCUGUCAUCUGUAGUGUCAUAGAAAGCACUGAAAACAUCAAUGUGCUCGUGGCUAUAAGCCAGAAAUUACAAAAGGAGAGAACUCAACUGUGUAUUGAGUUUGAGUGUAAACCUACUAACUAAGAUACACCGAAACAAACAAUAAGUAGCACUGGGAGUUGUCAAUGCCAUCUCAGUGAAAAGGAUGAAAGCCACAGAGAAGGAAAUGACAUAAUUUGAUGGUAGAUAUCUUUGAAAUUUCACCUAUAUAUAGAAAAAUUUAGCCCAAGAUCAAUAAAAGAAUAGCUACAGCAAGUAAAAUAAGAGUCCUUACAAAAUUGUUAUUAUUCUCUGCAGAUUGUUUGUUGCCUUUGGGAAUGGAAGAUGGUCGUAUCAAGGAUGAAAACAUUCGUGCAAGGUCUUUUCUACCACUGGCUAGUCCUACUAAUGCUAGAUUGAAUCAUUCUGAAGAAUAUGGAGGGUGGUGCCCUGAUCAGACGCAAUAUAAAAAUAAUACAGCUCCAAUUUAUAGAGAGUUCAUACAAAUUGAGUUUGGCACUCUUUUACGAGUCAAAGGAAUUGUGACACAAGGUCGUGCUAAUGGAGCUGAAAGAGUGGAGCAAUACUGGUUUAGUUAUCUUGGAUCAGAGGGGACAUAUGAGUGGUAUUAUGAGGGCAACAGCCACAGAUUGGAGGUAUGUGCCAAUAAAAUACCAGAUACUUUUGAUACAAUUUUAUAUGGAUUAAAUAUGAGCAACACAAUGGGAAGCUAUUAAGGGGCAACACAGUAAAGUGGUUAGAAAACAGGCAGCUGUACUUGUAAUCUGGUGGCUGCAAACUCAAGCCCUCCCCCUUGCCACUCACUGUAUUUUUCCUCAUCUCUGCAGUGUAACCCAGAAUCAGCAGGUAUAUUGCUAUGGAAUUGUUUGUAUUUUCAGAAUAAGUGACUGAUUGUGUGAAACUUUGUUUGGAAAAUGUUGAGUGAUUAUUUGAUUCCAAUGCUUUGGUCAUACAGUUGUCAUUGUCAUAAAUAACAAUUGCUCAGAUUGAGUUUUCCUGGCCUAGGCUUCCAUUUUUAUUGAACACUCCCACAUCUCAUCUAAUUUUGAUUAUGUGUUUGGUGACCUUCUUUGACUUACAUUUAUCACUUCUUCGCAGAUCUUUGAAGGUAAUAGUCAGCAGAAGCCUCAGAAAAAAAACAUACUGAGGCCACCAGUUGUAACAGGUGCCAUCAGAGUUCAUCCACAGAUAUUUCCAGAAAAACAAGUUUGUCUGAGGCUUGAGCUCCUCGGCUGCUCACUGAAAAAUGGUAAUUGAAGAAGUGUUACAGUUUUAUUAUCCUGUACUCAUCUGAUCUUUCAUUUGAUACACAGUGUGGGAAGUCUUUUGUAUAGCAAAUGUAGUGAUAGAGCUUCACAUUAACUAAUGAGCCAGCUAACUUUACCUUUGAAUAACCAGCUUUGGUUUUUGGUUUUUCAAAUUUUUGCUCACAAAAUUAUCUUUUGCAGCCCUUAUCCUAGAUCAACAAUCAAAAUAAACUUGUCAAAAUGCUCAACUGUAUUUUGUUAACUCUGGCCAUCUGCUCUUUGUGUCAAUCAAUUUAUUUUGCGAAUAAUAGGUCACUAGAAGGACACAUCACACACAAGAAUUUUAGCACCCACAAACUUAAUUUAAACAUUGAGGGUUCCAGCAGCAAACUUUAAUUUUUUAUUAACUUUUAAUCCUUUACACCCCAAGAUCAGUAUGCAUAUUAUCCACACUGUUCUUUAUACAUUUCCUGAGGUGCUGACAAGGAGAAUUUGUGUACCAAUCAAAAGGUUCCUUUCCUGGUGACCAUUUCCUUUAUUCUCUUGACCUUUAAUGUGUGAUUCAGUAGUGAUAUUGUAGGGAGAAAUUAGAUGCUAACCACUCUUAGGGGUUAAAGGGUUAAACAAAUAAUCUUUAUAGAGUAUACUAGGUUCACAAAAAAGUGGUUUACAAAAGGGUCCCCCUAAAAAGAUGAAAAUCUAAAAAACUACCAUCAAUAAUUAUUGUAAAUAGGAUAAAUAAGAUAAGAAACCAGUUAAAAGGUAAAGUUUCUUGUACUGUUGUUUUUUUUUCUAUAAGAAAGGUAUCAUAAAUUUCACCAAUGCUUUGCAUGAAUUGGUUGAAAUAAGUUUCCAGUUCAAUCUACUUUAUUCACUUCUGGAAAGAAACAAAACAAUUCAUUAUGGGCUUGCCUUACUGUAGUUUUACUUGCCCGUUGAAGGCACUUGGGUGAUUGCUGGUGUCAAACACUUGAUGAACCUCAGUAUCUUAAAUCUUUCUUCAGAAACACUUCAACUUUAUUUUCUGACUAGAAUUUAGGCGUUGUAAUCUUCAAUUGUUCAACUGUUGCAGUUAUGGUCAAAAUAUGGGAUGAUAUUUCUUUUUCCUUUUUGCCUCAUGACUGGUUUUCCAACUUGAUUUAACUUGAAUUUCCUUUCACUAAUCAGGAAUUGUCUCAUAUGAGACUCUUCAAGGUAAUUUGAUGAGAGAGACCUACAAUUUCACUGAUUCAAGUUAUGAUGGUUUGGUCAAAGACAACUCCUUGUUCCAUGGCCUUGGAAUGCUAACUGAUGGUCAUCUGGCUCCUGCUGAUUAUGCAAACACUAGUGGAGUGGGUUGGAUUGGCUGGAAUGCUGAGGAUACUCCAGAUCCGUACAUCAGGUUUCAGUUUUUGAACACAAGAAUCUUUCAUUCAGUGACCAUUCACUGUAAUGUCAGGGAUGAAGCAGACGUCCAGUUGUUUUCUAACGUUACAAUUAGAUUUGGUGAAGAUGUUGCUACAUUUGACAAGUCACUGUCUUUCAAACCAAAGCAAAUUUCAAGUGGGUUAGGAUGGAAAAACUACAAUGUCACAAUUGACUUGUGCAAACAUGUUGGGAAGUUCAUGGAGUUAAAAUUUACUCAUGCUGGAAACUGGAUAUUGAUCAGUGAAAUUUCUUUCAAUUCAGGUAAGUUUUUAUGUUUUUUUUUUUUUGAAAGGCAUAUCUGGACUGUUUCCUUCCAUUGUUGGAAGCACAAUGCCUCUUCAAGGGAGUGAUUUUAUUUUUGCCCCUUUUGGGUUUGAUGAUGUUUUACAGCAUGAUAUCUUAGUUAACCAAGUGUGUUAUUAUUAUUGAACAGCUCUCAGUUGGUUUGUUAGCUCAGUUGGUAGAGCGCAGUGCACUGGUAUUGCAGAGGUCAUGGGUUCAAAUCCUGUACGGGCCUGAAUUUUUUUCUGGUCUUAUUUCAAUUACUAGUUCAAUAGUGUUCACAGCUGUGAGGAUCUCUUAUAUUUUGUUUCUUCACCGCAGUGCACAUAUAUGAUUUUCAUAUCUCUACAAUCAUUAUUCAUCACUUGGAUGGUUUAUUUGGACCCAACAUAAUGGCCAGCUCCCAGUUGGCUUGUUAGCUCAGUUGGUAGAGUGCUGCACUGGUAUUGUAGAGGUCAUGGGUUCAAAUCCCGUAUGGGCCUGGAUAUUUUUUGGGUCUUAUUUAAACUGCUAGUUCAGUAGUGUUCAUAGCUGCGAGGAUCUCUUAUAUUUGUUGCUUCACCACAGUGCACAUAUAUGAUUUUCAUAUAUCCACAAUCAUUAUUCAUCUGCUUGAGCAAUAUUUGCGCAAUAUGUGAUACACAGGCAAGGCUUUUUCAUUUUCAUUCUAUGCUUUGUGUGCCAUUCACCACUCUGCUUGCUUCGAAACUAUGUUUCAACAUAAGCAUUUGUGUUUGAAAUUUUGCCAGCUAGCAAAGCUGUGCUUUCAGACUAUUGAGCUCGAUUAUAUAUACUUGGCUGUCUAACUGAUUUAUUUUGAGUGCAUUAUAUUUUGCACAUCAUUUUUAUUGUGUCCUUUAUUCCUCUUGAACUGAUUAAAGUAUUUAAUUAUUCAGUGGAAUUAAAUAAAAAACGUGAGAGGAAAUUGAAUGCUCAUGGAACUGAGAAAGAAGUGAGACCUUAGACCUUACUUCUUCUAUGUCAAUUUUUGCUUAGGUUGUAUUUUAUGUUAAAGUAUUUUCCUUUUGUUGAAGCUAAGAGUAGUCUUUGUGGUGAGUUAAUUUGCUGAUAUAAUGCACAUUCUCAUACCUUUUUUUCCAGAUCCUCUUGGGAAAAUCUCGCCUCCAUUACCCGAAUGUGCUUCCAUUCCCCCUUUGUUCACAAGACCUCCCACUGAUCUAAGAAACGAUAUCAGCACUAGCAGUCCAUCAGAUGGUGUUAAAGGAAAGACAGGUAUGAUACUGUCUGCGCUUUCCUACAUCCUAUCACCUACCUUACUCGCAGUCGUUAGGGAGGGAAGUUUAUUAAAUAAGAAUCAGAAGUGUGGUGAUUAGCACAUUCUACGUGGUGAGUGACUUUCAAAACCACCCCCAAAAAAGUGAGCAAAAUAAGGCUGACAGUGUGCUACAUUUCCCGUUUCCAUGACGCAGUGGGAAAGAGCAGAGCCAUCUGCUUUCCUCACACGACUUAGCCGGUGACUUAGCAGAUUUGGACCCCCUCUCCCAAGACCAUUUCAGAUUUGGACACCCCCCCCCCCGAUUUGGAUCUCCGAGUCCAUUUUGACCUUUGGUUCAAAUGCGCAAGCAGAAAUGGACCCCGGGGUCCCUCGCUAGCUUCGCCGAUUUGGACCACCUCCUCCCCUGUAAAAUACAAAUGGUCAUACUGCUAGAGUAGACAUGCAAAAAAUACUUGAGAAAAGAUAUCAACCGGAACUCUUUUCUUCGAUAUUUAGGAAAAGGGACUGUCACUGGAAACGGUUCUUUGAGCGGUGGUGUAAUAGCGGCAAUCAUCUGUGCCGUCGUAGCAGUCCUUGUGGCUGUUGCUUUGUUCAUUUGCUGCAAGCGUUACCCUCAUUGGUUCUCUCAGCGUGAAAAGCCAUUCAACUCCUUCAUCAAAGUCGAAGUUAAGCCGUACGCGCGUCACCAUACGCCGCAGCGCGUUUCUCGACUUGAUAGUACAACAAGUGAAAACGAAGAAAAGAGGUACAGCUUCAAGAACAAUGUGUACAAUGAGGCAGGGGGAAAGCGUGGUGCAGAGGUUACCAUAUGUCCUAUAUAUGCUAGUAUACAGGGUGAUCUGAACAAAGGCACUAUGAAAAGCGACGAACAGAACAACAUACCAAAGGGUGAAAGACUUUACUCUGAACACAAGUCUUCAAAGAAAGGUGUGUAUAGAAAAUAUUAACCCUUUAUCUGCUGGAAGGAAUAAGUUUCUUCCCUCUACGGUAUCAGUACAUUAUCCCAUAAUGAAUUGAUGAGUAGCAAAAAACUGAACUGCGGGUGGUAUUUUGAAAUAUAAACCAAUUUUCAAAGCUAAGUUACGAGGAACUAUGUUGACGGUGUUGCCAACCAAAUAAAAUUUGUUUGUACGUUUAAUACAAAUCUCCUUCUCAUUGCGUUCGUGUUCCUUACAACACUCGCGCGGAAGGCCAUGUUUUAAGAGAAAAAGAAAGGCUGUUAAUACUCUAUACUGUUCAUCAUCUAUUUUUGUCUUUGUCUCUCUGCAGUCAAACCUCCCAUACCACCCCCACUGAAGCCGCCUGAGCCUCGUUCUGAGGUAAUUUAUGCCGAACCUAAUACUCCUCUACUACCUUCACCUACAAAUGGUGGAUCUCCCAAAGCCGCAAUAGCCCAAAGUCUUCCUCAAGUAGACGUAACAGAGGAAUCAGAUGUUGCAUAUAAUGACUAUGCCGAGCCGGACUCCCCAUGCGAAAAAAAUCGCUUGAUACCGGAUUCUCCCAAACCUAGAGUUGUCAGCGGGUAUGCUGAUCCUAUCGAUGUCAUUUCUCCCACAUCAGUGACUACUUUCCCAAAUCCUAUUUACGAGGAGAUUUACUCCGAGCCAUUUCAGGGCGUAUCGGGCACCAGUUUGUAUUGUAAUCCUGACGAGGAGCUAAACUUUAGACCCAGACUGGACACAUUCAAGGAACUGCCUCGUCACAAGCUUCACUUCAAAGAAAAGAUCGGUGAUGGACAAUUCGGUGAGGUGCAUAUUGGAGAGGUUGAGCGAUUGGGAGACAUUCUGGGCGGGGAGUUCAAAAACAGUUCUCAUACAACAGUGGCUAUUAAAACUCUCAAGCUGAACGUUGAUAAGAACAUUAAGGAUGAUUUCUUUAAAGAAGUGAAAGCCAUGGCGGGGCUGAAGCACUCAAAUGUGAUUCGGUUGUUAGGUGUGUGUCGGGAUGAUCCCAUGUGUAUGAUAGUUGAGUACAUGGCCAAUGGCGACUUAAAUCAGUUCCUGAAAGAAAAAGAGCAUACGCCCAGCUUGAAUGAAAGCGAGGGGUGGCAAGAUGUCGGACAGUAUAUCUCUUCUCAAGCUCUGUUUUACAUGGCAAAGCAAGUGGCCGCAGGAAUGAAAUACAUAUCUUCGUUAAAUUAUGUGCAUCGUGAUCUGGCCACGCGUAACUGUUUGGUGGGACACGCAAACACCGUCAAAAUUGCUGACUUCGGAAUGUCAAGGAACUUGUACUCUAAACAUUAUUAUCGCGUCGAGGGACGUGUGAUUUUGCCAAUACGAUGGAUGGCGCCCGAAUGUAUUCUACAAGGUAAGAGGUGGUGGCAUAGUAUACCACGAGUCCUCGGAUUAGUGCCUGGGGUUUAUCUCGAAUUUAGGGUAAGACGGGGGGUUCAGAUGUGAUCGUUUUUUGUGAUACAGCGUCAACGACAGCAAAAGCGGUGUAUUGAUACUAAGGGCAGAUUCUUAAGUUUCACAGCGGCUCAAUUGGGACUCGUAAUUAGUCCUCUAAACUCAAGGUGUUUACCAAGUGGAUCAUAUUCGGUAUAACUUUGCAAGGGUGGACGAAAUUGAGGAAAUUCGCCGUUGUUAUACGUUUGUUAUUGUCUGAGCGUUUGGCCAUUAUACUGUGGGAGCAAAGGAGGUAGUUAUUUUAGAGGGGGUGGGGUGUAUAUUUUGAAUUUUGGUCGAUAGGAGAGGCACUCGUUCGAUGGGAGGUGUUAAUAUGGAACGGUAAUUUAGGUGGUUGGUUACGACCAAUUUUACAGAGAAGCGUGAGAUUUACUGAGAUCGGACGAUAUUUUCUGAAAGAAAACGAGACAUGCCGAGAAUGGGCUCCAGGGAACCCUUACGACGCAUACAGAGGCGUACAAGUUUCAACUAGAUAAAUGCGGAGGAGAAAGCGAUUCAUCUCACGUGUUUUUUGCUUAUUUCAUUUACAUUCAUUUCACAAAUGUGUCGAUAUUUUCAGGUCGUUUUACAACGUCUAGUGAUGUGUGGGCGUUCGGAGUCACUCUAUGGGAGAUACUCACUCUUGCUAAAGAAUAUCCUUACUCGGAACUCACCGACGAGGAAGUCAUUGAUAACGCGCAGAAGAUUUUCCAUGGAACGGGUACGCCCUCCAUUCGGUUACCUCAGCCGAAGACAUGUCCAGACGAUCUGUACCAGGUCAUGUGCCGCUGUUGGACAAGAGAAAUGGAGGAGAGACCCUCUUUCAUGGAACUACACAGCAGUAUAGCAGAGCGUGUGCGACUCAGUGAAGUCAGUAUGGAAUGUUAAAGUGCACAGAGAGGGUUGAUGUUUGAGUACCAGAGGACAGUUUUGAUGUGCGCCGAACAGUUUGUCGUUAACUCUGUUCACGUAGCCGGACCGAAUGCUAGUAUUUAGAAAUGGCCCCGGCAUCAAAGCAGUAGUCCUGACUUUGCGCAGCCAAGAUAUGAUUGCCUUGGAGACAAACCUAGACCAACAAGUGAAACAUUCGGUUCUACUGGGUUGGAUAAUUGUCUUCAAGACCCAAAUUUUUUUAACAUUUUUUUGGAUCAUAAAUUUCGAAUCGUGAACGGGAAAGCGAGGUCCCUCAAGAAUGCUGUGACGAUAAUAAAUUGUUUUAUUGCCAAUCAGUCUUUUAAGAAAACGGGAGUAAUUUAGCAAACGUUUAUAACAAUGGGCAUGAUCAUUUAUGUUGAUGUUUUGAACCCUCUUACCCCCAAACUUGUCCUAGAAAUUCUCCCCUCUGGCUCUUAUACAUGUCCUCCAAAAUGAGUGAAGUGAAUUUGAUGUUAGAUCAAGGUUACGCCAUUUAGCUAAUAUUGAUGUAGCAGUUCUGGGCCCAGUUGUUCAAAGGCCGAUUAGCCCUAACCCAGGGUUAAAUUUUAAUCCAGGUUUCUUUAUUUCUUUGUUCAAAAGUCUUUUUGGGAAAAUUUUCACUAUUCUUUUUAGAACAUCUAAUGAUCAAAUUGCAAGCAAAAAUAUUUGAACUGAAUUUUCUAUCAAAGUUUUCAGACCUGAAAUCAAAUUUCACACUAACCCUAGGGUACCUUAACCCAGCUUUGAACAACUGGGGCCUGGGAGUUUAACUAAAGUUAUCCCAACGUUUCUUGGGAAAUUAUUUUUUCAUUUUUGUAAAGUAAGGAGAGACAUUUUGUUUGAUUUGUUGGAAUUUUGUCUCUUUGUUGAAUAUUUGAAAUUAAAAUGCCGUUUGAUAUUUAUCCGCAAGUCAGGUCAAGAAUGAUGUUCUUUGUAUAUUUUUGAUUUUUUUGGCAUCAUUAUUGUACAAUACAUUUUGCUGGGUGAUGUGUUAUUGACAACGAACCUUUUAGAUAUGACAAUGUUAACAUUAACAUGUCAUCUAACUUGAGUUUUAUUUCGAAUGUUCGAAAAAUAAAGCAUCUACGCCG